AUGAACUUUUCGUUUUAUCAGAUAAACAAGAAUAGCCAUUUUUUCGUUGAGAAAAAAAAUCGUAGUUUUCUGCAGGCCUCUUUUAUUUUUGCAGUGAUUCCGUUAUGUGAACUGUGCGCUGUUUGUGGCGAUAAAUCAACUGGAACACAUUACGGAGUGCUUUCGUGCAAUGGAUGCAAGGGGUUUUUCCGGCGAACAAUCCUCAAGAAUCAAAAAUUCACAUGUCGUUUCAACAAGACAUGCACAAUCGACAAAAAUUUUCGAUGUGCUUGUCGGUAUUGUCGUUUCCAGAAGUGCGUACGAGUUGGAAUGAAACGAGAAGCAAUUCAUUUUGAACGCGAUUCAAUUGGUCGCACUAAGCGUCAUAGUGAACCACUAUUAUUACGAGCUGCCGAAAUUAAUGGAACGGGAAAUGACCAUUCCGAAACAUCGUACUAUAGUAGUCAACUAAUCAAUGAUAUCUUGAAAUCGGAUGUUAUCGAACUGUUAAUGCAGAUGGAGGCACGAACUAAUAAGGAAAUGACGACUCAUUAUCGAAAUUCGGUGAUCAGUUCGUCAUAUACAACAAUCAAUAAUCGUGUGGAUGAAAGUGGUUGCUCACCAUUGGGUUUUUCGCAGUCGCAUAAAUCGUGCUCAACUGAUGAUUUGAACGAAUUUUCCAGAACAACGCUUGCAUUAAUGAUUGAUUGGGCAAAAGGUUUGGAACCAUUCCCUGACUUGAUUAUGGAUGACAAAGUUAUUCUACUUAGAAACUAUGCGCCGCAACACUUGAUUCUGGUACCGGCAUUUCGUUCACCGGAUACAACUCUUGUUAGUCUUUUCAGUAAUGAAGAUAUGAAUCACGACGAGGACAUCGAAUUUGACGGUUUAUCGGCAUUCAAAACAAGCAACAUUAUGCCACGCGUGUUGGAUGAAAUAGUGUGGCCAAUGAGACAUUUGCAAAUGAGAGAAGAGGAAUUUGUUUGUUUGAAAGCUUUGGCUUUUCUUCAUCCUGAAGCGAAAGGACUUUCUCUACCUGCUCAAACGAUAUUACGUGAAGCCCGUAAUCGAAUACUCAAGGUUCUAUAUUGUUACAUUCUGGCGCACAUGCCUGAGGAAGCACCAACACGUUAUGGCAAUAUUUUGCUGCUUGCACCAGCUCUUAAAGCUUUGGCACAAGUACUUAUCGAAAAUAUGACCUUAACCAAAUUUUUCGGUCUCGCCGAGGUGGAUUCAUUACUUUCAGAGUUUAUUCUAGAUAGUUCUACUGACGAGGCGACAUCGAGACCUUUGUUACGUCAGCAUCUUACUUCAGCUCUAACAACCAACACAUGCACAGAUAUCGAUAUACAAUAG